AUGGCAAUCAGGAGUUGCUUGGCACCAGGCUUUGGAUACACCGAACCUAUCGAUAAGAUACGUUCCUGGCUCGCGAAUCCCAAAGUAGUCGUUCACGCUUCAUGGUUGGCCCACGUGGAGGCAGAUCCAGAACGCAUGACAAAAACUCCUGUCAAGCCUCUUGCUCCCCUCCGUCUUCCGAACCUGCAUACGAAACGAGCUGUGACAUACUCGCCGAACAACCACACUCUUCAAUCUCUCGCAGGCAUCACAGGCAUCACAGGCAUCACAGGCAUCACAGGCAUCACAGGCAUCACAGGCAUCACAGGCAUCACAGGCAUCACAGGCAUCACAGGCAUCACAGGCAUCACAGGCAUCACAGGCAUCACAGGCGCCGCGGAUGUCGCAUGGAACAUCACCUCGCAACAACGCAAGCAACGCAUUGGCAUCUCCUAG